GGUGAAAGUGAUGAUGUUUGCUAUUUUUUGCAAUGUUUUGAAUCAGUUUGAGGCAUCCUGUCCUGACGGUCUAUGUCCAGGAUGGAGUGUCAUCCUGAAAGGAGAGACCCCAGCAGAAGCCAGCAAGUUUGAGAUCAAUUUCCUAUGUGACCGCGAUGACAGAAUAGCUUUGCAUUUCAACCCGCGCUUCACCGAGUCAGAUAUCAUCUGCAAUUCCUACAUGGCCAACCACUGGGGGCAGGAGGAGAGGUGCAACAGCUUCCCCCUCGGGAUAGAAGAGCCUUUCCAGAUUGAAAUUUACUCUGACAAUGAUAACUUCCAUGUUUACAUUGACGAAACCAAGGUGAUGCAGUAUAAACACCGCGUGGAAGACCUGAAGACCAUCACGAAAGUGCAAGUGGUCAAUGACGUCAAUAUCUCUUCUUUAGAGAUCACCAAAAAACAUUUUUAUUAAGUGGCGGGGCAUAAGGCCAAACAGAUGAUUCAUUUGGAGUGAGCCUUGUGUUUGUUUAUGGUGGGUUACUGUUUUUUGCAUUUUUGUUUACACACCUUUCCAUUCUUAUAAUUAUCCUCUUGGCUUAAUUAUCUUUUGUAAAG